UAAACUAAAUUCUCACAUCAUAUAGUCGGUGUGACUAAGCAUCUCAAUUUAUGCACGGCGGGGAAGGUCCUGUUAAAGAUGGAAAAGUUCAAGGCAACUCACUCUACAUCGGGUACCUCCGCUAGUACUCUAUACUUUCUUCUUGGCUUUUCUUAGGUCACAUUCUCAGCUAGUUUAUAAUGAUUAUUUAUUGUUCCGAAUCCAUUCAAGAGAAACGACAAUAAAUAGCUGGCAUGUUCAAGAUAUCUAUCUACCGUAACCAUACGUGUACAUAACUGAAUCUUAUUUUCAUCGCUCAAACAACUUAUAGAAUAUAUCAAUUAAGAAUUCUGUCACAAACAUAUUGAGCGAAGAGAAUACAAAUUUUUUUCACUGAAUUAAUUUUUAUCUGUUCUAUUUCUUUUCAUUCUAAGCGCAAAACUUCUCAUUACAAUAAAUUCCACGAAGAUGUAUAAAAAAAGUGUCUCCAUCGUGCAAAAAAUAUUAACAGAUCCUUUGUCACUCUCCACACAUUUCACAGUAUAUAAACUAUAUCGCGGUAAAUGCUACAAGUAUCUCGAUACAAAAGGUAUCGAAAUAUUUUAGGAUAAAACGAUAUUUCAUUAACUGAAAGGAAGUGGUUAUACUCUUGAAUUCGCUUUCGUGUUAUGUUUUUGUCUGAGUAUCUGUUUCUUAACGUAGAACUCAGUUUCAACACAUCUUGAUUCCAGUACCAAUCCUUUUGAUUACAGGCUUAGAUCAAAUAUCAAACUCUUGAAGUUUACUUUUCGAUAUACAGGUCAACUUUAUUCUACUCUACAGGUCAGGUCAGUUUUAGGUCACACAUAGAACCAGGCCAAGGUCCAUAGAGGAGAACCUAGAUCUCUUUUUAAGCUAAAUUUAGAAGAAUGUCAGAAUGGGAAUAUUUAAUUGGUGACAUCGUCAAUAUCAUUCUAUUAUUACGAAAUUUUAGAUAUGGAAUAUGCAUCUUGUACAGGUUUUUAUAUUUAGAGUUGAAUAAAUUGCAUUCCUCAGUGACAAUUGUGCGCAAUCGAAAAGUAUUUAUGAGUCACCAGAAGGGUAUCGGAGUCAUGAGGCAGGGUACCUUCAAGUCACGAACAUUUUUAUGUAACAAGACGCAAAACUCAGUCACCCUACGCAUCUUCAUCUUCCAAACGUGUAUCCAGAAACUCGAUAAUGCUAUAUUUAUUUUCUUCGAUUCGCCUUUUCAUUUAUGUUUCCUAAUUAAAUGAGGCAUAAUUCGACUAUAUUACAUCAUUUGAAGUCCAACACCUCACCCGCACCCUCAUAUACACAAAUAUACUCGUUUAGUUUUAAGUUCACUCUCAUUUUUUAUAAGUGUAAAUAUCUCGUCAAACUUUAAAAGACGUCACGCUAUAAAACUAUAAGUUUUGAUCCGGCAACUCCUCGGCCAAACCUGUUCUAUAACCAUCACACUUUACACAUUCUUAUUUCCAUAUGCUUCAAGGAUGCUCUCAGUCAAUGGACAGUGUGAAUGGGAAAAUAAAAAUUAUUCCUGAAUAUAAUCUCAAUAAAUGCUGCAACUAUCUCGAUAUUCCAAGUAUCUCGAUUAAGCGCGAAAGAACUUUGCCGAGAUGAAUUAAGGUACAUGUUUUUAUCGCAACCAUACUUAUAUCUCGAUAUAUAAAAAUACGCUGAUAUAUUUAGACAUCAUAGUUAUUCUGAUAAACAAUCGAUUUGUACAACCGUACGAUGGAUGUUAUAGAUUUUGUUUUCAUUAGUAUUGCGUUGUAUCGCUUCAUAGUAACUUAAAGAAUUAUCAUUCGAGGGACAUGAAAGCAAAAUAACGGUACAAUAAACGUUAAAAAUACAUGUCAAUAUUAAUAAAUCUAAGUUAUUAUGAGUAAGUUGCAGUCUACAAGGCCAAAGAAGUGAAUUGUUGUUGUAUGAGGGAGAAAAAUAACUAGAUUUUUAUAUGGUGAAACAACCAGCACAACGGAAACAUUUUUUUUUUUCUAUACAAAAAGAAAAGAACUGGAUCGAAGAAAUCGAGAUACGCUAGUUUUUUUCUUUUCUCUUGGCAAUAUAUUUUUUAUCAUGUAUUGACGAAAAAAAGCGGAUCAAAAGUUUAAUUAGAAAAAUGUAGAUAAACUCUUUUUAUUACAGGUAUCUAUGUUGUCACUUAGAGUUUACAUAGCUAAUAAUGUGAUGUGAGGGGCUGAAUAAGUAUUAGAACAAAUAUGUUUGAUUUUCAUACGACAAAAUAUUUCGUAAGUUCUUCCUUGUUCUAAUUGCGGGCUGAACUGCUUGGUGUACGGAGGAAAAAUGUUUAUUUGCGCUAAUAAUUUCAUCUUUUAAAACUUUAAGAAUCUUUAACUCUUCGCAUUGUAUCUCAGAAUUUCCAAAUGAGAAAGAGUGAUGUGAUCUCAUCCUAAAGAUAUUUUUAAUUGACUACCUAAUUUGUCAUUCUUUUCCUCUCCAUAGUAUCUAUUGAAAAACAUUUGUUUGAUCACUAACUAUCUAUCAAAGUUUACAUUUUUCCACACUAAUUGCAAUAAAUAUAUCGUGCCUAAUAAGGGAUUCAACGUUUUACCUCCCAGCUAUUGCAGAGUAAUUUAAAAAUAUCAUUCAAAAUCCUUGAAAGGUAUAUUUCGCUCCCGUAAAUGUGUAAAUUCCAAAUCUGUUAUGAUAUAGCACCAAGUGUGUGAUAUUUUGCGUCCUUAACUCACGAAAUACUCGUUUUCCUAUUGUUUUUUGUGGCAUUGAUUGUAUAUGCCAUUCACACAUAUAAAACAGUGUCGUCCUUCAUUGUAAAAGAAAAAGUAGAAAAGAGAAAGAAAAGUCCAUAUAAUUUAAUGAUAGCUAUGUGUAUUUGUAGAUAGUGAUAGCAGUCUACAAAACUUUGUCUGCAUGUUAUGUUGAGAAUAAAAACCAUAGAAAAAAUAUCUUAUUUUCUGAAAAAAAUAACUAUCUAUGAAAUAAUGUUAGCUUGUUCUUUGAUAGGCGUUCUUUUCUUUAUUACUAUUUUUAGAUAGUGACAGUUAUUAUCAAUGAUAUCGUAUUCAUGAACGUUCAUACCAUAACGAUUGAUUCAUUACGCAAAGAUGAUCAGAAAAUUAUUAUCGUAUAAUAACGAUUAUUUGCUAUUUACUCGUAUAAUAUGUUUGUUAUAAUCAACUCAUUUCGAUUAUCGUCACGCCAUUUAGAAAAUAGAUUAACUCAUCAGUCCUUUUUUUCUGUAAGCUAAUUAAUCUUUAACUGUGUCACUAACCAACUUAAUAUUACUGACUUUUAGAUCAACGAUAUUCGGACAUUUUCAACAACAAGAGCAUGUUUUCAAGAUCCACAACCACCGAGUAUGAACUAUCAAACUCAUAAAUAAGACUAUUAUUCUAUCAGAUAAAUUUAUCUCUAGAAUUUCAGAUCGAUCUGCCUGGCGUAGAGAACUAUGGUUUUGAAGGUCAUUACUAGCUAAUAUAUGCGAAUUAUAUUUUUUUAAUUAUAAAUUUCCUUUUUUUCGUAGGUGAAUCAUCGUUUGCUCGGUGUAGACACGGAGCUGUUGCAUCUGAUAAUGAAGAAGCGUCUAAAGCCGGAAGGCGUAUAUUGAAUUUGGGUGGUUCAGCUGUUGACGCAGCGAUUGCGGUGUUAUUAUGCGUCGGUGUGCACAAUUGUCACUCGAUUGGAAUUGGCGGUGGUUUCAUCAUGAAUUGUUAUGACUUUGCGACAAGAAAAUGUUUGGCAAUCGAUGCCCGAGAAGCAGCGCCUGGACAAGCUCACCAACGAAUGUUUGUCGGUGAAAAAAAUAUAUCCUCCUUCGAAGGCGGAUUAGCGAUUGGUAUUCCAGGAGAAAUUGCUGGAUAUUGGAAAGCUCAUAAACAAUACGGUAAAUUACCUUGGUCCGCUUUGUUUAAGCCCGCAAUUGAUAUGUGUGAAGGAGGCUUUAAAAUUGCACGACCGCUCGCCUUUACAUUACAAAAACAUAAAGAAAAACUUGCAAAAAAUAAAGCAUUUCAACAUGUAUUUUUCAAAGGUGAUUCAGAUCAUGUUUAUCAACUCGGUGAUACAAUGUAUCGUCCACGAUUAGCUCAAACAUUUCGAAUUAUAGCUGAGAAAGGACCAUCGUCAUUUUAUGAAGGCGAAUUAACUGAUCAUAUCUGUGAAGAAAUACAAUCGAACGGUGGUAUAAUCACCAAAGAAGAUUUACUCACGUAUCAUGCUCGUGUAAAAGAUGCCAUUAAAGUUGAAUUAAGUGAAGGAUAUACCGCAUAUGGAGUACCACCGCCUGCCAGUAGUGCCAUUGCUCUUCUGAUUCUAAAAGUAAUGGACGGAUAUAAACUCACACCACAAAGUUUAGAUAGUGCAGAAAAACAAGUGAAAUUUUAUCAUAUAUUGACGGAAGUAUUCAAAUUUGCCUAUGGAAAGCGAUCGGCUCUUGGUGAUGAAUACGAUUCUCAAACUGAAAAAAAUCAAGAUAUGGCCAAUUUACUUAAAAUGAUUCUAUCACCAGAUUAUGCUGAAUGUAUUCGAAAAAAAAUCAAUGAAAAUAAAGCACAAGAUUUAAAAUAUUAUGAACCUCAAUUUGAACCACAAACAGAUCACGGUACAAGUCAUUGUUCUGUUAUUGAUUUAAAUGGUAACGCUGUGGCAGCAACAAGUACAAUUAAUACAGAUUUUGGAGCGUUUGUUUAUGGAAAAAAGACGGGAAUUAUUUAUAACAAUCAAAUGGAUGAUUUUUCGAGUCCUGGUCGUGCUAAUUAUUAUGGUUACGCACCAUCACCUGCAAAUUUUAUAAAACCAUUUAAAAGACCGAUGUCAUCAAUGUCACCAAUAUUAAUUACAGAUUAUAAUGGAGAAGUCGUGUUUACAGCAGGUGGAUCAGGUGGAAGUCGAAUUAUUUCUUCCGUAGUUCAGGUAGCAAUUUAUAAUUUGUGGUUAGGAAAAAAUUUAGUAGAUGCCGUUGACAUGCCGAGAAUACAUCAGCAGUUAAUACCGAUGGAAUUGGAAUUAGAAAAACGUUUUCCCGUUAAUGUUGUACAUGGUUUAUUAACGAAAGGUCAUACUAUGAGUGGUUUUCGUGGAGGUUGCGUAGUUCAAGCGAUAGAAAGACGUCACUCCAAUGAAUUAUGGGCAGUUAGUGAUCAUCGUAAAGGAGGCGCACCCGAUGGUCUGGGCUACAAAAACAUUAUUAAAGCAUUCCAAAAUUGGUAUAGAAGAACAUUUAGAAAAUCAAAAGAGCAGAUACAGUUAGAAAAAGCUAUUGAAACUGGAAAAUUACUAACUCCAAAAGGACCCGAACAUUAA